GCGACAGCCACACGCAGUGCACGGAGACCGCGGUGAGAUGCGUUGAUCGCGAUCCCAAAUUGUUAUUAUUGUUUGUUUAUUGUGGAGUGCAAUGGCGAUGCAAAAGGAGGCCGGCGUCGGCGAUUUUGUCCUGAUGGACACCAUCGACCUGGACAGUUUCAUGAGGAAUCUGGAGCUCAGGUUCAAAAAUGGCCACAUCUACACUUAUAUUGGAGAAGUAUGUGUAUCGGUAAAUCCGUACCGGACUAUGAACAUUUACGAUCAGGCGCAUAUCAACAAAUAUAAAGACAGAGAAUUGUUCGAAAAUGUGCCCCACAUCUUCGCAAUAGCGGACGCGUCGCACAAAGUGAUGAAACAACAGGGCAGGGACACUUGUAUCGUGAUCAGCGGAGAGUCCGGCUCUGGGAAAACGGAGGCCUCGAAAAUUAUCAUGAAGUACAUUGCUGCUGUCACUAAUCAAGGGGGACAACGAGAAAUCGAACGAGUCAAAAACAUCUUAAUCCAGUCGAAUUCGAUCCUCGAAGCUUUCGGCAAUGCGAAAACGAACCGCAACGACAACUCGUCCAGAUUCGGCAAAUACAUGGACAUCCACUUCGACUUCAAAGGCGACCCGAUCGGUGGACACAUCAACAAAUACUUGUUGGAAAAAUCACGCGUCGUGCAUCAACAAUUGGGGGAGCGCAACUUCCACUGUUUCUAUCAGUUGCUGCUCGGUGCCCCGGACGACGUGCUCAGAAAACUGAACCUGUCCAGAAGUCCCGACAAUUAUUUCUUCGUCAACCAGGGCAAGGCGUCGCGUGUGGACACGAUCAACGACAAAACCGAUUACAAAACGGUCAACAGCUCCUUCAGUACCCUCCAGUUCGAUGCCAACGACCAGGACACUGUAUGGCGCAUAAUCGCGUCCAUCGUUCAUUUGGGUGACCUUCAAUUCAACAUCACCGACGAGGAGAAACUUCAGCUGAAGAAAUCGAACUCUGUGGACUACGUGGCCAAUUUAUUGCAAGUGGAGAAACGGGAACUCGAAACGGCGCUAUGCGAAAGAGUGAUUGCGGCUCGAGGGGAUGUCAUGCGAAAGGAACAUACGGAAUCUGAGGCGACUUUCGGUCGAGACGCAUUUGCUAAAGCCAUCUACGAGCGGCUCUUCGGAUGGAUCGUCGAGAAGAUCAAUGCUGCAAUCGCUGUAGAUUCGGGUAACUACGCCAAAAAUUAUAAGAGUUCGUUGAUUGGGGUUCUGGAUAUUUACGGCUUCGAAAUUUUCGACAACAAUAGUUUUGAACAGUUCUGUAUUAAUUAUUGUAACGAGAAGUUGCAGCAGUUGUUUAUUGAGUUGGUUUUGAAACAGGAACAAGAAGAGUACUUAAGGGAAGGAAUUGAGUGGAAGAACAUUGACUACUUUAAUAACCAGAUCAUCUGCGAUCUUGUAGAGGCUCCUCAUAAGGGUAUAAUUGCAAUUGUGGACGAUGCCUGCAAAAUGACAGCUGAGAAAAUAUCCGACGAACUUCUCUUGGAAAACAUGGAUAAAGUCCUAAAGGGCCAUAAACAUUACAUGUCCCGCCAGACUAAACCAUCCGAAAAAUCCUUGCAACAUAAAGUCGACUUCCGCAUAACACACUAUGCAGGCGAUGUCACUUAUUCCAUAAUCGGAUUUUUGGACAAAAACAAGGACACAUUGUUCCAAGACUUUAAACGGCUCUUGUACAGUUCCAGAGACAAGAAUAUCAGAGAAAUGUGGCCGGAAGGAGCAGAGCAUAUUACCAAAAUCACCAAGAGACCGCCCACAGCCGGUACAAUGUUCAAAAACUCGAUGGGCGCUUUGGUGCAGAAUUUGCUGAGCAAAGAACCGCAUUACGUACGAUGCAUCAAGCCCAACGAGUUGAAAUCGGCCGCUGCCUUCGACGAAGAGCGAGUCAGACAUCAAGUCUCGUAUCUGGGGUUGGUCGAGAAUGUGAGAGUGAGACGAGCCGGUUUCGCCCACCGUCAACGAUAUGACAAGUUUUUGAAACGGUAUAAAAUGUUGUCACAGUAUACAUGGCCGAAUUUCCGUGGUGGCAGUGAUCAAGAUGGUGUCCAGGUGUUGAUGAAUGAGAAUGGCUUCGAAAAAGACGUGAAAUACGGCAAGACUAAGGUGUUCAUCAAGUCGCCUAAGACCUUAUUCACCUUGGAACACAAAAGGAAUGAAUUGAUCCCGCAGUUGGUGACACUCAUUACGAAAACUUGGAGAGGUUAUAAAGCUCGCCAGGAGUACAAGAGGAUGAAGGCGCUGAUGGUGAUGGUGAAAGCCUACCGCUUGAAAAAGAUGCGGGUGUAUAUCAACGCGUUGCAACAAAAAUUUGCAAGGGCGAAAACUAUGAAAGACUACGGUAAAAGUUUGCAGUGGCCUGCACCGCCAGUGUCUCUUAAACCCACCACGGCCAUUUUGCGUGGAGCUUUUAAAAGGUGGCGUGCUUACAUGGUGCUCAAGAAGAUUCCGCGCGAAGAUUGGGGACAGAUGAAAUUAAAAAUCACCGCUGCGAGUGCGCUACUGAGGAAGCGCAAGGAAUGGGGCGUGAGCCGUAAAUGGGAGGGCAACUAUUUGGCCAUCCUCGGCGAGAACAACAACUACAGCUUGUUCAACGAAGCCGUCAACAACUUGAGGAACACCAAACACUUCACGACAGUGCUAUUCUCCUCCUAUGUUACCAAGUUUAACAAGUUCAACAAAUGCGCUGAAAGAGUGAUGCUAAUAACUGACAAAUACAUAUUCAAAUUGGACUGCGAGAAGUUCAAGAACAUGAAAGAGGGUGUGGCUUUGGACACACUCACCGGUAUCAGUGUUAGUCCAGAGCAUGAUCAGCUAAUUGUGCUGCAUUGUCCGGACGGCAAUGAUUUGGUUGUGUCCUUGCACUGUACCAAACAGGAGGACCGCAUUGGUGAAGCAGUAGCUGUCCUUUGCAACGGAUAUUUCAAGUUGAAACAAUCGGAACUUCCGGUGAACGUGUCUAAAACUAUCCAGUGUUCUUUGGGCAAAAAACAGAGACUGAUCAACAUUCAAGUUUCGUCGGCGGAACAACGUCCGAUCUUCAGGAAGGAUGGCAAUAAUAUUGCCUACGUACUACCGUCCAAUUAUGCAAUCAUGGAGAACGGCAAUAACCACAUAAAACAGUAAUGAUUGAAGUGUUUUUGUAUAGUGUAAAAUAGCAAUUUUAAUCCAAAGAAUUCAUGAAUUUAUCAAUUAACGGGAGCCUUAAGUAAACGUGCCUUUUUUAUUCAUUCUGUUUUGACUAUAAUAUUUUAUACAACGAUUUUAUAAAAUAGUAUUAAUGAUAUCUGUGUUAUCGGUAAACGCAAUUUUUUAUGCUUCCACAUAAGACUUAAUCAUAUUUUUAAUUGUUAUAAGUUAAUUUCUUUCAAGUAUUAAGAUCCAUGUACUUAAUUAUGUGAGAUUUGAGUAUUAAUUUAAUGGAUGCUCUGUGAUUUGUUGUACAUUUUCCAUAAGGCAUUUUUAUAUAUAAUUGUAUUUGUACCGUACUAUCGUUGUUCGCUGAAAGCUUUGUACUUUACUGUUUACAUCAAAUUAUUAUUAUAUUUAUUGUUUAUAAAUAAUUUUAAGUGCCAUUAUUUUUAUAAUAUUCUAAUUUUGUAUCGCCUUUAGAUACAUGUAGUCAUGCUAAAAUGUGCCUUAUUAAAACUAUAAAAAAGA